AUGUACAGAGUUUUUAGUACUUUUCACGACUCAAAAUCGGGUUUCGGAUUCACAACCAGACAAUUAGAUAACGUAACAGAAAUUAUUAAAAAAAUUUUAGACGGAUAUGACAUUCGGCUCAGACCUAACUUCGGAGGACCACCACUUCAAGUGGGAAUGGAUUUAUCGAUUGCAAGCUUUGACAGCAUUUCUGAAGUCAAUAUGGAUUACACGAUAACAUUAUAUUUGAAUCAGUAUUGGAAAGAUGAGAGAUUGGCGUUUAGUGAUAAUAACUAUGAGUUGACACUAUCGGGUGAUUUCGCCGAAAAAAUCUGGGUUCCGGACACGUUUUUUGCAAACGACAAGAAUUCAUUCCUACACGAAGUGACUGAGAAAAACAAAAUGGUUCGCCUCAAGAGUGAUGGAUAUAUUGCUUAUGGCAUGAGGUUUACCACAACGUUGGCCUGUAUGAUGGAUCUACACUAUUACCCGUUAGACUCCCAGAAUUGCACCGUUGAGAUCGAGAGCUAUGGAUAUACAGUGUCAGAUGUGGUAAUGUAUUGGAUGGAUCAGCCGGUUACCGGUGUAGAGGACGCAAAAUUACCUCAAUUUACAAUUGUUGGCCACGAAACCACUGAUCGUAAAGAAAAAUUAGCCACAGGCACUUACCAAAGACUAUCACUAUUAUUUUCAUUGAAAAGAAAUAUCGGAUAUUUUAUUUUUCAAACAUAUUUGCCAUCAAUUUUAAUAGUAAUGCUUUCAUGGGUUUCGUUUUGGAUCAAUCAUGAGGCAACGUCAGCGAGAGUAGCGUUGGGUAUAACAACUGUGCUAACGAUGACAACCAUUAGUACUGGUGUCAGGUCUUCUUUGCCGAGAAUAUCUUACGUAAAAGCCAUUGACAUCUAUUUAGUGAUGUGUUUUGUGUUUGUUUUUGCCGCACUUCUUGAGUAUGCGGCCGUCAACUAUACAUAUUGGGGCGCCAGAGCUAAGAAGAAAAAGCCUAAACCGGAUAAAUCUAAAACUGGUGACACAAGAGCUGUAUCUCCAUGUCCUGCAAAGUCAACUGACAACGCAUAUGCUAACGAGGAGAUCAUAGAACUGCAUGAUAUCCGUCUGUCGCCGAUUCCAUGUCUUAGGAAUCGUCACAACAAGUCGUGCUCCACAAGCGAUAGUGACCUACAAUUCCCUCCAUCACUGAGGAUGACUAAUCCCAAUCAUCGCAUGUCAUACUCUCCGGCCAGAGCCAGUGUCUAUGGACACAAUCGGCGCGGUUAUGGCCGAAGUGAUGCAUACAAUCGCAGCAAACCACGAAUGUUUCAAUCUAUCAGACGGGGUGCCAGUGCUUUCAAAGUGUCGAUGCCUAAGAUUAAGGACGUCAACAAAAUUGAUAAAUAUUCGCGAAUCAUAUUUCCCGUAUCUUUCAUGAUAUUUAAUGCACUUUAUUGGACAAUAUAUACUUUGUGAACAUUACUUUCCAUACAUAAGACUUUUAUUGUUGAUUACCUUUGAAUACACUGUCAAAU